AUGUAUCAAGUAGAGGGGACGGUUCCGAGCAUAAUCGUCGAUGCAGGGUCGCAUACGAUGAAAGCCGGCAUUGCCGGCGAGGAUCUGCCGCGAGUAUUAAUACCAGCUGUUCUGGCCGGGGAAUUGGAAGAAGACGACAGGGAAGCAAAAACGGAAACGCGAAAAUACAAAAAUAUAUCCGCUGGACAUUAUGCGUUGUCGAAGCGCCGGGAUAAUGUUGAAAUUGCCUCGCCGUUCGGCGAGGCUGGCCUGGUAGAUAACUGGGAUUUGUUCGAGCAGCUUCUUUCGCACACCUUCAAAAGGAGUCUGCGCAUUGAAACUCGAGAAAAUGCCAUGCUCUUCUCCGAUCCGAUCCACAACGGUCGCAAGGCAAGGGAGCGCAUCGCUGAGCUAAUGUUUGAAAAGUUUGAGGUACCUGCCGUGUAUCUUGCGCGCUCGGCAGUGCUAUCAGCGUAUGCGAAUGGACGCACGACGGGGAUCGUGCUUGAUGUUGGGCACUCCGGCACAAGCGCCGUCCCAGUCGAGGACGGGGCGAUGCUGAAGGGCAAAUUUAUUCGGACAGCGGUUGCGGGACGCACUUUGAACGAAAGGCUGCAGGAGGAGCUGAUCAGGAAAAGCCUAUCUUUUCCGAAGACGACAAAGUCGUUCGAGUUAUACUCUAAAGCAACUCUCCUGGAAGAAGUCAAGGCGGCUGUCUGUGUCGUUCACGAAAACCCUACAACGCAAUUGACUUCGCUGCCGAUGGUGAACGAGUCGUACGAGCUACCAGACGGGAACACUGUGGAAAUGGGGGCGGAGCGGUUCGCAAUGGCAGAAGAGACAAUUUUCAGUUCCGGUGGGGGGGAUCACCCGCAAGCAUCGCAAGGUCUCCACGGGCUAGUGAUUGACGCGAUUCGGCUGUGCGACUCGGGGGUGCAUCGGGACAUGUACGCAGGCGUGUGCCUGACGGGAGGGACUUCGGACAUGGGCGGGCUAUUUGAACGGUUAAGCUUUGGGUUGCUGGAGAUGUACCACAAAGUUCGGGUGCUGGCGGCAACCGGGAGUCAUGAACGCAAGUACUGUGCGUGGACGGGGGGGAGUAUCCUUGCGACGUUCCCAGAGUUUCAGAAGAUGUGGUUCUCGAGGAGCGAGUAUGACGAAAACGGGUCGUCGUUCGUGCACAGAAAAUGUCAGUGA